AAGAGAAGUGUGAUCUUUGUGGAAAUGAGUCUUCACACCAAACAGGGGGUUUCCAUUUUCACCAGCUGAUCUACUCUCUCUUUCAUACAGAGAGGGAGUUAGUAAUCAAUGGCAGGUCCCAAACCAUCGCAAACUCCCUCCUCCAACCACCAUUCCUUCGCUUCCAAGUUAAUUCUCCUCCUUACUCUCCUCCCAAUCACCCUCGCAGCUUUCGCUUUCGCUCUCCAAUGGCGCGGCGGAGGUGUUGUAGACGUCGACGAUCCCAUCUCUAAUUGGUCGCCCCAACAUAACUCCCAUAUAUUCCCUGGCAUGGACUCAUCCCCGCUCGCCACCGUCGUCGACCACCACUCCUCCUCCGAUUGCCUCUCCCUGGGACAAUCGUCUUCUCCGUCUUUUCCUUACUACAACGAUUGGAAGUUCCAAUUUCAAUCCGAUCUUAAACCUAAGAUAUGUAUCACAACUAGUACAUCUGCUGGCUUAGAGCAGAUUUUGCCAUGGAUGUUCUAUCAUAAAGUACUUGGAGUUGGAACUUUCUUUCUGUUUGUUGAAGGAAAAGCUGCCUCUCCCAGUGUAUCAAAAGUUCUUGAAUCUAUUCCUGGAGUCAAAGUCAUAUACAGAACAAAAGACUUAGAAGAGAAACAAGCUAACAGUCGUAUCUGGAAUGAGACAUGGUUAUCAAGUUUCUUUUACAAACCGUGUAAUUAUGAGUUAUUUGUGAAGCAAUCACUCAACAUGGAGAUGGCUAUUGUCAUGGCAAGGAAUGCAGGCAUGGAUUGGAUACUUCAUCUUGACACAGAUGAAUUGAUGCAUCCAGCUGGCGCUGGGGAAUAUUCUUUAAGGAAGUUGCUUCGUGAUAUUCCACGGGAUGUGGAUAUGGUUGUCUUUCCAAACUAUGAAAGUAGUGUAGAGCGUGAUGACAUUAAGGAUCCUUUUAUAGAGAUAUCAAUGUUUAAAAGGAACUAUGAUCAUCUUCCAAAAGAUACAUAUUUUAGUAUGUAUAAAGAAUCAACUCGAGGGAAUCCAAAUUACUUUUUAACUUAUGGAAAUGGGAAAUCAGUUGCUCGUGUUCAAGAUCAUCUACGCCCUAAUGGUGCUCAUAGAUGGCAUAACUACAUGAAAACUCCAAAGGAGAUAAAACUUGAAGAGGCUGCUGUUCUACACUACACGUAUGCCAAAUUCUCUGAUUUGACUUCAAGAAGAGAUAGAUGUGGUUGUAAGCCUACUAAAGAUGAUGUCAAAAGAUGCUUUAUGUUGGAAUUCGAUAGAGCUGCAUUCAUAGUUGCUUCAACUGCUACAGAAGAAGAAAAACUCAACUGGUAUCGUGAACACGUGGUGUGGACUGAUAAAACAAUAAACUUGAAACUAUUACGAAAAGGCAUUUUAACUCGCAUAUAUGCUCCAUCAGUUAUUAUCGAGGGUUUAAAGGAGUCGGGUGUGUUUACUUCUAUAAUUGCUAAAGCUCCCACAACUCUCUCAAGAGACAAAUUCUUAGCUUCAAUUGAAAGUAGCAACUCUUCGAGGGACAGUGGGGCCCACUCUCAGCCUCCAAGAAAGAUAGGCCGAGUCACAGAGCAUCAUUCCCAAGCAACCGUCAGAAAAAUGUUGGACGCCGCAGAAUUUCAUGAAGCGGCGGUGCCGCCACUUUCUCCGCCCGGCCCCACCGUCGAAACACCUCAAAACGACCUCGUAGUCGAGGCCAGAUAAUGCUCUAUGUAUGUCUGCUGUGCUGUUCUUGUACUGUGUUUGACAUGCAUUGGACUGGACUGAUAUAGCAUGUUGGUGAUUGUUAAGAGAUGAAGUUGUGUUACAUGUUGCUCUCGAUAUGAGUUCUGUAUAGAUAGAUGUAUUUAAUGUGUUGAGUAGAGUUACUUUGAUUAAUACCUAUUAUAUCUUUCUUGGUUAAUCUUGGUGUAACUUUUAUGGGUUUGUAUUAAGUUGGUUUUUAGGCUUGAUUUUAAUGUAAAUCUAGACGUAAAUCCAA